AUGGUGAGGGGUACCAUUCCAGCGCUGCGAGAACAUGGUGAGAGGAUUACCACUAUCUUCUACCGAAAUAUGCUUCGUGACCACCCCGACCUCAACAACUACUUCAACUCAGUGAACCAGAAGAAUGGCCGUCAGCCCAGAGCUUUGACCGCCGUCAUCCUGGACUUUGCCGCCAACAUCAAUCACAUGGCGGAGCUUAUUCCUAAGCUCGAACGCAUGUGCAAUAAGCACUGCUCACUCGGUAUCAAGCCUGAGCACUAUGAUAUCGUGGGGAAGUACCUCAUCGCAGCAUUCGGAGAGGUGCUUGGACCAGCCAUGACCCCGGAGGUGCAGUUGGCCUGGCACAAAGCCUAUUGGAUGCUGGCGAAGAUGCUCAUCGGGCGUGAGGCACAGCUGUACAAGGACUUUGAUAAGUGGACCGGGUGGCGGAAGUUCAAGAUUGACCGAAAGGUCGCAGAGACUGACGAGAUCUUUUCUUUUUAUCUGGUGCCGGCCGAUGGCAAGCGCCUUCCGACCUUCCUUCCGGGACAAUACAUCUCCGUGCGGAUCCACCACCCGGACAUCGGCUACCUCCAGUCUCGGCAGUACUCGCUCAGCGAAUCGCCGCGGCCUGACUACUACCGCAUUAGUAUCAAGCGUGACCAAGGAAUGGAGUACAGGAACUCCGUUUCCAAAUCUUUCCUCAACCCAGGACUGGUCUCCAAUUUCUUGGUAGACACACUACGGACGGGCGAAACUGUUGAGAUCUCCCAUCCGGCUGGCGAAUUCUUCCUCGACACCAACAACAACAGCAGCGUGCCAUUGGUGCUUAUCUCGGCAGGCGUUGGCGUCUCGCCGAUGAUAGCUAUCCUCAACACAGUCGUCCAAACCCAGCCAACGCGCUCUGUGUCGUGGAUUCACGGCUCGCGCCGCCUCAUCCCAUUCGAAGAGCACAUCCGUGCAGCAAAGCGGCGUUGUCCCAACCUUCGCACCAACUUCUUCAAGACGCAUUUGGCCGAUGGCGACCUAGCUGGCGUGACGUACGACUAUGACUUCCGUGUCGACUUGGCUAGAGUACACCCGGAGGACCUGUACCUGAGCCAUGGAGGCACGGAGUACUACAUCUGUGGACCAGAACAGUUCAUGCUGGAAAUGGCGGACUAUCUGAAGUCACAAGGUGUUGAUUCCGCAAGGCUCAAGUUCGAACUUUUUAGCACAGGAGAUAUGGCUUUUGAGCAUUGA